AUGGAUUCGGCAAGGAGUUGGUUAUCCAAGUUUCAACCACGAGAUAAACUGAGAGCUUCCACGAGGAAGAAGGACGAUGUUAUGGGCGGAGCCGAGGAUUCCGAUCCGUCUGUUGAUGGUGAGUCUCUUUCGAAUGUUACUAAGCAGAAGGUAGCGGCUGCGAAACAGUAUAUUGAGAACCAUUACAAGGAACAGAUGAAGAGUCUUCAAGAGAGGAGGGAGCGGCGAACCAUCUUGGAAAAGAAGUUGGCUGAUGCUGAUGUCUCCGAGGAAGAUCAAAAUAACCUACUUAAAUUUCUAGAGAAAAAAGAAACUGAAUAUAUGCGUCUUCAGAGGCAUAAAAUGGGUGUUGAGGAUUUUGAGAUGUUGACUAUGAUUGGAAAAGGCGCAUUUGGGGAGGUCAGAGUGUGCAGGGAAAAGACUACAGAUCAUGUAUUUGCAAUGAAAAAGCUAAAGAAAUCAGAAAUGCUUCGAAGAGGCCAGGUUGAACAUGUCAGAGCGGAGAGGAAUCUCCUUGCAGAGGUUGACAGCAAUUGCAUAGUAAAACUUUAUUGUUCUUUCCAGGAUGAUGAUUAUCUAUAUCUUAUUAUGGAGUAUCUACCGGGAGGGGAUAUGAUGACUCUACUUAUGAGAAAGGAUACAUUGACCGAAGACGAAGCCCGAUUUUAUGUAGGAGAAACAGUUCUGGCUAUUGAAUCUAUACAUAAACACAAUUAUAUACAUAGGGAUAUUAAACCUGAUAACUUAUUACUUGAUAAAUAUGGACACUUGAAACUAUCAGAUUUUGGAUUAUGUAAACCGUUAGACUGUAGUACACUUGAAGAAUCAGAUUUUUCUAUUGGUCAGAAUGCAAAUGGAACUGGACAUAGUGAUGAUCGUGCAGGUCCGAAGCGUACGCAACAAGAACAGUUGGAAAACUGGCAGAAAAACAGGAGGACACUUGCUUAUUCUACUGUUGGUACACCAGAUUAUAUUGCUCCAGAAGUUCUAUUGAAGAAAGGUUAUGGGAUGGAAUGUGAUUGGUGGUCACUUGGAGCUAUUAUGUAUGAAAUGCUAGUGGGAUAUCCACCUUUUUAUUCUGAUGAUCCAAUGUCAACAUGCAGGAAGAUAGUAAACUGGAAGUCUCACUUGAAAUUUCCUGAAGAAGCAAGGCUAUCUCCGGAGGCCAUAGAUCUUAUAAGUAAGCUUUUGUGUAAUGUCAACCAGAGACUGGGGUCAAAUGGUGCAGUUGAAAUAAAGUCUCAUCCAUUCUUUGAUGGUGUUCAAUGGGAAAAGUUGUAUCAAAUGGAAGCUGCAUUUAUUCCUGAAGUAAAUGAUGAGUUAGACACUCAAAAUUUUGAAAAGUUUGAAGAGGCUGACAUCCAGGCUCAUUCAUCAUCAAGAGCUGGUCCAUGGAGAAAGAUGCUUUCAUCUAAGGACUUCAAUUUUGUGGGAUACACAUACAAGAACUUUGAAAUUGUAAACGACUAUCAAGUUCCUGGGAUGGCUGAACUGAAGAAAACCUCCAAACCUAAGAGGCCAUCUGUCAAGGCGCUGUUUGACGAGGACUCAGAGACUUCCGAUGUGUCUGAUAUGUCAGAUGUGACUGCAAGCAAUCAACCUACUCAAUGA